AUGGUGGUGGAGGAGGAGGUGGAGGUUUCGCGUAACCUCCUGACAUUGGCAUGGGCUAAUAAGUCAUGGGCUGUGGAGGAGGAUAGUUUGGUUGAGGCAUGGGUUUGGCAUAAGACAUGGGUUGUGGAGGAGGAUAGUUCGGUUGAGGCAUGGGUUUGGCAUAAGACAUGGGUUGUGGAGGAGGGUAGUUUUGCAUAGGAGGAGGCAUUGGCUUUUGCAUCAUUUGAGGUGGAUAAGAUGGUUGCUGAGGUGGUCCUGCACAUGGAGGUGGUGGAGGGGGUGGUGGAGGAGGUGGAGGUGGUGGAGGAGGAGGAGGUGGGGGAGGAGGUGGAGCACAGCAAGCAGCCGGAGCUGGAGCAGGAUAACCACCACCCAUACCGCCUCCCAUGCCACCGCCCAUACCACCACCUCCUAGUCCCAGUUGGCCCAGAAGAUCCCAUAAGAAUGCCGAGCCGAAUGGCACUAGAGCGAAUAGCAGCAAUGCCUGCUCUCUCAUCUGGUAGGUCCUUUCUUCAGAUGGCCUUCCUUCAAUGGGGCAACAUCAACUGUCAUGUGAUACCUCCCUACUACCCUCCCCCACGAAGACGAAAAUUCAGUGAAGCACUCAGCUCUUACAGUAACCCUCUAGCUUUUCCACGACCCACCCCGGCUCCUUGCAAAAGGCCCCUUUUCGACGUGUCAUAUAUAUGA